UCAGGUCGCAGUCUUGCGCGUUGUAUGACGUUUCGUAUGACAAAGCCAUAACGUCACAAAGUGGUGCUCGUAAAAGUACACGACAAUCACAGUGUAGAAAUGUAUCGAAAUACGAAUUACGAAAACGACAUAAGAUACACCAUACAACUAAGUCGCGGUAUUUUCCGUCUAUUGGGCAUCUGGCCGGAAACAGAGCCCUCCUUUCAAGAAAAUCUCAAGAGGUUCUCGCUGAUAUUGAGCUGCUACUUUCUUGUUGGUUGCGAGCUAAUCCCGACAAUCCUGUACAUACUGUUCAUAGAAAAAAGAACUCGCAUGAGAUUAAAGCUUAUAUCAUCCGUGAUAUUUGCGAUACUUGCACUCAUCAAGUAUAGCAGCCUCUUGCUUAGCAAGAAUCAAGUGAGACAUUGUCUGACGCGAGUGAAGGACGAUUGGCGUAAUGUCGAAAGCGCGAGCGAUCGUAAUUCCAUGAUUGGUAAAGCCAGGAUUGCGAGACGUUUGCUCAUUAUGUGCGGCAUAUUCAUGUACACCUCCGGUUUGUAUUUUCGUACAUUCGUGCCGUUAAGCAAAGGAAAGUCCGUCAACGCUCAGAACGUCACGAUCAGGCACUUGCCGACCCCGAGUUAUUUUGUUCUAUUCAACGGGCAAAUCAGUCCCGCUUACGAAAUCGUGUUCUUUAUACAGUUUCUCUCCGGAAUGAUUAAGUACACCAUCACAGUGGCGAUCUGCAGUCUCGCCGCUCUGUUUGUUAUGCAUACAUGCGGGCAGCUGGAAAUACUGAUGGCAUUAACAGACAACAUGGUAAAUGAAACGGAGAAAGGAGAUUUGGACAAGAAGCUGAGCUUGACCGUAGAAUACCAGAUCAAAAUACGAAAUUUCUUACGAUUGGUGCAGAGCACUUUGCAGUAUACAAGCUUGUUGGAAGUAUUGGGAUGUACGAUGAUUAUAUGUUUCUUAGGAUAUGAUACUAUCUUGGAAUGGAAAAAUCAAAAUGUUAUAUCUAUGUUCUCCUCUUUUACUCUACUUACGUCAUUUGGCUUCAACAUUUAUAUCUUUUGUUUUAUUGGUGAACAACUUUCUAUAGAGGGAGAGAAAUUAGCAUUAACAGUGUGUACAUUGGCCUGGUACCAUCUUCCAAAUAUGAAAGCACGAUCAUUAAUAUUAGUCAUAGCCCUAUCGAUUGUCCCGAUGAAACUUAGAGCCGGAAAAUUCUUCGAUCUUUCCAUCAAAACUUUCGGUGAUGUCGUUAAGACGGCUUUGACGUAUUUUAAUUUUAUUCGGAAAAUGUUGCAAUUAUAAUUCGGCGUCUUGCACAGAAAUAUCUUACUUCUAUUUUCUAGUAAACGUUGAGCGUUAUUCAGCAGAA